GUCACGUGCCAAGGCUCUGAUCACGCUUGCGCCAGAGAAACAAGAUGGCGGAGAGUGCGGAAUUGAAGCAAAUGGUGAUGAGCCUCCGUGUCUCAGAGCUUCAGGUUCUUCUGGGGUAUGCAGGCCGCAACAAACAUGGAAGGAAGCAUGAACUCUUGACCAAAGCGCUACAUUUGUUGAAAGCCAGCUGCAGCCCUGCUGUGCAGAUGAAGAUCAAGGAGCUCUAUCGCCGCCGCUUCCCCACAAAGAUGGUGUCCCCAUCAGACCUCUCCCUCCCUGGCCUACACUCCACCACUGGAGGUGCUCCCGCUGGCAUGCCCACCAGCCUGACACAGCUGGGAUUCGAUGGGCAUGGCUCACCAUCUCUACUCCCUGUCGCACUACUCGGGCCAAAGCACGAGCUGGGCCUGCCCCAUCUGCCCUCCGCCCUUCACCCAGUCCAUCCAGACGUCAAGCUCCAAAGGCUGCCAUUCUAUGAUGUACUCGAUGAGCUUAUCAAACCCACCAGUUUAGGUGAGUAA